AUGAUCGCAGAGGUGUGCAUCGUGGCGGCGGCGCGCACGCCCAUGGGCGGCUUCAUGGGCGCCCUCUCUUCCCUCCCUGCCACCCAACUCGGAUCGGUCGCCAUCAAAGAGGCCGUGCGGCGCUCCGGCCUGGAGCCUGCUGACGUGGAGGAGGUGAUCAUGGGCAACGUGCUCAGCGCCAAUCUCGGUCAGGCACCCGCGCGCCAGGCGUCCAUGGGCGCGGGCCUCCCCGAGAGCGUCGUCGCCACCACCGUCAACAAAGUCUGCGCGUCGGGAAUGAAAGCCAUCGCGCUGGCGGCGCAGUCAAUCAUGCUGGGAAUCAACGAGGUCGUGGUGGCGGGCGGCAUGGAGAGCAUGAGCAACGCGCCGUAUUACCUCUCCAAGGCGCGCGGCGGCUACCGCUUCGGCAACGCGGAGAUCAUGGACGGCAUGCAGCGGGACGGGCUGUGCGACGCGUACGCUGACGACCCCAUGGGAUGCUUCGCGGAAACGUGCGCGGAGGAGUAUAACAUCUCGCGCGCGGAUCAGGACGACCACGCUGUGCUGACACAUCAGCGCGCCGCAGCGGCGAAUGCGGAGGGGGCGUUUGAGUGGGAGAUCGUACCGGUGGAGGUGAAGGUGGGGAAGGGCAAGCCGGCUUUAAUCGUCGAUCGCGACGAGGCGUGCGCCAAGUUCGACGAGAAGAAGCUGCGGAAUUUACGGCCGUGUUUUAAGGAGCACGGGACGGUCACGGCGGGGAACGCGUCGGCGAUUAGCGACGGCGCCGCGGCCGUGGUGCUGACGAGCCGCGGCAAGGCGGACAGCCUGGGGCUCAAAGUGCUCGCCGUGAUUCGCGGCUUCGCUGACGCAGAGCAGGCCCCUGAGCGCUUCACCACGGCCCCCGCGCUCGCCAUUCCGCGCGCCCUGAAGCAUGCGCGCAUCGACCCCGCCGAGGUCGACUGCUGGGAGAUCAAUGAAGCCUUCUCCGUGGUGGCACUGGCCAAUCAGAAGCUGCUGAACGUGCCGGCAGAUAGACUCAACAUGCAUGGAGGCGCCGUGGCGCUCGGGCACCCGCUGGGGUGCAGCGGGGCGCGCAUCAUCGUCUCGCUGCUGGGGGUGCUGCGGCGGAAGGGUGGCCAGAUUGGUGUUGCUGGUGUGUGCAACGGGGGAGGUGGAGCCUCGGCCAUGGUCAUCGAGGCCGAAUCCUUGGAUCACUCCACUGCCCAUGCGCACCUGUGA